AUGCUCGGCUUGCGGCCCCGUCUGCAGCUUCUCCAGCGCGUCUCUGAGCGCUCAAGUCGAACUGGAUCGUUGCCUCCUAUUGCCUUUGCUAGAAACUCGCUCGUUUGUCUACCGCUACAAUCCGUAACCCGUAACCCAUUCGAGGCUGCGGGAGCCAAGCGCUCGCUGUUUAAUAUGGCCCAACGCAGGAAACAUAAGCAGCUCAAGGGUCUGGAACAAGCAGCUAAUGCCAACCCAGAGGACGCGUACGCACAACUGCGUCUGUUGCAGGAGCUGAACCGAAACGACUACCCGGCGCUCGUUGUCCGCCGGGUGGAAGAGAACCGCUUUGCGCUGGACGAUGCGGUGCAGAAAGAGUACAUCAAGGCGCUGGUCAAGACUGGCCGGCUCGAUACUGUUGACCUGCCGCAAUUGGUCCAGCCAGCUGAAGCUGCUGGGUCCACUGCGGUCCGACAUCUUCCAUCCAGCUCGGUUGUGGGCCGCGGAGGUCAGGGCUGGUCGUCUCAUGACCCGGUCUUCGUGUCCAUGGUGGAAGGCAGCUUCAAGAGCAACAUGUGGAAGACGCUGAGGACGCUUGGCGUGGCUUUUCUGGUUGUGUCGGCGCUGGGAGCGAUGCUUGACGAGAAAGUGGGCAAGAUUGGCUCGGCAUCGAAAGUUAUGGGCCCUACAGGCAGUGACAAACGGUUCAGUGAUGUGAAGGGAGCGGCCGAGGCCAAGCAAGAGCUGGAGGAGAUUGUGCAGUUUCUGCGAGACCCCGCUCGCUUCACGCGUCUUGGAGGCAAUUUGCCCAAGGGCGUGCUACUCACCGGUCCGCCCGGUACGGGCAAGACGCUGCUGGCCCGUGCUAUUGCAGGUGAAGCUGGUGUGCCGUUCUUUUACUCGUCUGGAUCAGAGUUUGAGGAGAUGUACGUGGGUGUUGGUGCGCGUCGCGUGAGAGACCUGUUUGAGUCGGCCAAGCGGAAAGCACCAUGCAUCAUCUUCAUCGAUGAGAUCGACGCGAUUGGUGGGACACGUAAGCUGAAGGAACAACAGGCCAUGAAGAUGACGCUGAACCAAUUGCUGGUAGAGCUGGACGGGUUCGAUCAGAACAAGGGUAUCAUUGUCAUCGGUGCUACAAACUUCCCGGAUGUGUUGGACAAUGCAUUGAUCCGACCGGGUCGGUUUGACCGGCACGUAACGGUGGAUCUACCUGACGUGGCCGGUCGCAAAGAGAUCCUCGAAUUUUACGGCGGCAAAGUUCCUCUUGCAGAGGAUGUCGACUUGGAUGUACUAGCGCGUGCUACGCCUGGUAUGUCCGGUGCGGAGCUCUCAAAUCUGGUGAACGAGGCUGCGCUGCGCGCAUCAAUGAAGAGCGCAGACGUGGUGAACAUGGAUGCGUUUGAGUACGCGAAGGACAAGAUUCUUAUGGGUGCCGAGCGUCGUUCCGCUUUGAUCACACCCGAGUCGGCAAAGCUGACUGCUUACCACGAGGGUGGUCACGCGCUGGUUGCGAUCAACACGCCGGGCGCACACCCUGUUUACAAGGCGACUAUUAUGCCGCGAGGACAGGCAUUGGGUAUGGUUGCGCAGUUGCCUGACGGUGAUCAGACCUCGAUUUCGCGGAAGCAGAUGUUGGCCCGGCUGGAUGUGUGCAUGGGUGGUCGUGUGGCAGAGGAGCUGACAUUUGGUGAGAGUGAGAUCACGGGUGGCGCGUCAUCGGACAUUCAGCAAGCCACGAGCGUCGCUCGCGCCAUGGUGACCAAGUACGGCAUGAGUGAAAAUGUGGGCUUGGUGUUCCACGAUCUGCGUGGCAACGAUACCAGUGCCACUACUCGCAAGAUUAUUGAUGACGAAGUGAAGAAGUUGUGCGACGCGUCGUACAAGCGUGCGAAGGAUAUCCUCGUAAGCAAGCACCAUGAUUUGGAGAAGCUGGCGAAGGCGUUGCUAGAAUAUGAGACACUGUCGGGUGCUGAGAUCGACAAGGUCCUCAAGGGCGAAGCGCUGGAGCGUAAGCCCAUUGAGUAA